AUGGCCAACACCGAAUCCUAUAACCACAUUGAUCCAACCCUGCGGACGUCCUCCUUGAGCAAUCCACUUAAACCGCAUGAUACCCAGCAGUAUCAAAACGGCGCGCCUGCUGCCUAUUCUCCCAUCCAACCGUCACCUAAUACUUCCUACCAAAGCAUACAAACCCCAAACUAUUAUCCCAGCAAUCAGCCAACACAGGAAAGUCCCGAGGACCUGAGUCCGUCUGGCAACCCAGCCGACCCAAACGACCUGAAGAGGCCGCGCGCCUGUGAAGCAUGCCGACAAUUGAAGGUCAAGUGUGAGCCUGAUGACAACAGUCCGACUGGGUCGUGCAAGAGAUGCGCCAAAGCCCACAGACAAUGUGUCAUCACAGCUCCCAGCAGGAAAAGACAAAAGAAAACGGAUAGUCGGGUGGCAGAAUUGGAAAAGAAAAUCGACGCUUUGACUGCAUCGCUGGCUGCUAGAGGCGUGCCUGACGCAGACCUCACAGUCGAACCAUCAAUGGCACACCAGGCUCAGGCUAUGCGCCCUGGGACAUAUGGAGGUCAAUGGCAUGGCCCGCCACCACAGGUUGGGCCUCCGUCACCACAAGCCGCCCAACAAGGCGUCAAGAGGAAGAUCACAAACGAGUAUGAUUACUUCGGGGGUGACCUACACAAACCGGCUGAACCAGCGUUCAAACCAUCCGCACCUGUGCCGCAGUACCAUCCUGUGCAAGCCGGGCCACCAAGACCAACGGGAAACUUCACAGAACUGCCUUCCGCCGACCCUAUCGAGCUUGGUCUUGUGGACAUCAACACAGCGAGGAAAUGCUUUGAACGGUACAUGGCCGAGAUGUGCGAGCAUCUGCCCAUGGUGGUCUUUCCGCCUGGAACCAGCGCAGACCAAGUCCGGAAGAACAAGCCUGUCCUGUUCCUAGCCGUGCUUUCUGUGGCAUCUGGCACGAUCCGGCCAGACCUUCAACCCAGACUCAUCAGCGAAAUAACCAAAACCCUCGCGGACCGCAUUAUUAACCGAGGAGAGAAGUCCUUGGAACUGGUGCAGACGCUCCAGGUGACGACGUGUUUCUAUCAACCUCCUGAAAAGUACGAAGAGUUAAAUUUCAACCAACUCAUCCAUAUUGCCGCCGUCAUGGCCCUGGAUCUAGGCAUGGGCAAACGAACCAAGCCGGGUGGUGGUGGUCCUUGGCGGCCAUAUCCUGAGAACAAAAGACCAUUGACCGAUCCCAAUAGUGCCGAGACGCGACGAUGCUGGCUGGGGUGCUACUUUAUGUGUUCGAAUUCCUCCAUGUCUCUACGACGGCCAUUGUUGAUUCGCUGGAGCCCUUACGCCGAAGAAUGCAUCGAGAUACUCAACUCCUCUCCCGAUGCGCUCCCUUCAGACCGAUGGUUCUGUCAUCUUGUCCGGGCUCAGCACAUUGCGGAGGAAGUGGGACUGGAGUUCUCUAUGGAUGAUCCUGCUUCCCUUCUCUCCUUGACGGAUCCCAAGACACAAUACCACCUCAAAGCUUUUGAGCGUCAGCUGGCGGAAUGGCACGACACAGCCACCGUGGAAAUACUGAAGAAGCCGGUCAUACAACAUACCGAAGGCAUCAUCAAUCUAUACAUGCACGAGAUUGCCAUGCACCAUAACCAUAAUGUCGACGAUUUCCGCCCGCCGUUCAAUGCAACCCCGAUCGAAGGCCCUCCCGACCCCGACAAUGUGACGCCGGCUCACAUUGAAGCGUUGACUACUUGUAUUCAUGCCGCACAUGCAGCGUUCGACGCAUUCUUGACGAUGGAUAUCAGAAUGGUUCGAGCUCUGCCCACGCUCUUCUUCGUUAGAAACGCCUACGCCGCGGUGGCUUUGAUCAAACUGUACACAGCAGUGUCAGCUAAGGGCUCCAAGUUCGCUUCGAUAUUCAAGACCAAAGACCUCAAGGUUGAGUAUUACCUCGACCGACUCAUCGAAGUACUCACCAAGGCGGGCGAAAGUGGUGGUAGUAGGGUGGCCCACAAAUUCAGCCUCAUCUUCACUAUGCUGAAGAGUUGGCAUAUGAAACGUACAGAGCCUGCCAACAACGGCAGCCACCCUGUUUCAAGGCAACGGACCCCUGCUGGAAGAAGCCACCCACAGUCAGCGUACAGGGUCCUACCUCCCCAGCAGGAUCCAGGUGGUUUGGGAUGGAAUGCACAGAACAGAGCUGCCCUGGAUCAAAACGCUCAAGCUCAUCAACAACAGCAGCAGCCGCCGAGGAGUGGUCUUCAAAUGCUCUCUGAUGCUGCAAUGGGGCCCGGGCCGCCUCCACAGGCCGUGAUGGCCCAACCUCAACAAUGGAUGCAGCCAAUGAACCAACCUCAGAUGCUGCCUGGAAUUGCAGAAAUGGCCAUCCACGAGCAAAACAUGAUGCCUUAUGGUAUACCCGGCCAGGAUCUGGGGCCUAUGGAUUUCACUUCGGACGAAUUGAUGGCCUUUGGCUUCGGUGAUGAAUUCCUGGCUAUGAACUUCGGCUUCGAACAAGGCAACUGGCCGAUAUGA